AAGCAAACAAUUCAGCAGCAACCUUCCUCCAUUCACCUCCAUUCAUUCCUUACUCACCUGUAUUUGUUAAAGUAUCAACCUUAUUUUAGUUCAUCUCAUACAAAUCAACAACAAACAGCUAACGAACACCAAGCAUAGCAGGUCAAGCGCGAGAGUAAAAACUACACAAGGAGUUAGAGUACCUUAGCAAAACUUUGCUAUCAGAAUGCCGCCUAAGAGAGGACGCCCUGCGAGAAACAAUAACAAUCGCAGAAACCGUAACGCUGUACCCGAAGAACCACAAGAUGUUCGAGGACAUAACCUACCCCCUCCGCCCCCAACUAGGAGAGUCGAAGAACUCUUUUUAAGGCAAAAUCCACCUACGUUUGACGGAACGAGUGAACCGGCUGAAGCUGAGAUUUGGGUGCGUGCAAUGGAACGCAUUUUCAACUUCCUACGUUGUACUGAUGAGGAGCGCCUAUCUUGCGUCUCUUUCCAACUAACAGGAUCGGCUGACUUCUGGUGGGAAGCACGACGAAAAAUUCUGACACCUGAACAAUGGGCAAGUUAUACUUGGGAAGAUUUUAAGACAGGAUUAUAUGAUAAAUAUAUUCCGAAAAGCUAUAGGAAGAAGAAAGAAGCUGAGUUCUACGAGUUGAAGCAAGGAAAGAAAUCUGUGGUUGAAUACGACAAGGAAUUCUGCAAUCUGUCUAGGUUUGCUCCACAACAAGUGGACACAGAGGAGAAGAUGGCAGAGAAAUUUUGUGCCGGACUGCGGUACGAAAUUAAGAUGGCUCUAGCAAGCCACGGAGGACUCUCAUACACGGAGUCUCUGAACAGGGCACUUGACAUUGAAGCUGCAAUGCCGUCAGACAAGUCAGCCCCACCAUUGAUCUCAAUGCCAAACGAUCCACCAGCAGCCUCGCAUACUCUCAAAGGGAAGCGCAAGAGGGACAACAACGAAGACAAUGUCAAUCAGACUAGUAAGAAAGUGUGGCAAGAAAAGGAACGGGACGAACAGUUUAUUCAACCAAGGUACGAGGCACAGACUAAUCUCGAGCCAACUGGAGGUAACCAAGGUCAGAAAGGAAUUUCACCUUGCCCAAAUUGCGGUAAGAUGCAUAGAAGUGUUUGUCGAUCUGGGACUAACGGUUGUUACAAUUGUGGUCAAAAAGGUCACUACUCCACGCAAUGCCCCAACAGACAACAAGGUUCAGCAGUUGGGAACACCCACACUCCCUUGCCAGCAAUACGUGGACACUUGCGAAAUCAGCCUCAAUCACAUCAGUGAAAAUCUUAUGGAGACACCGCAGACAAGAGAAGCCACGCGGGAACUUGAAGACAAGAUGAAGGAAAAAUACCCCGAAUUGUUUUAGCAGAGAUAUGCAAAUUUCGGGACGAAAUUUUUGUUAAGAGGGGUAGUAUGUAGUAGCCCGCUCUUUUAAUUAUGAUUAAAACUGGUAAAUGCAAAUUUUUAUAAAUAAAUCCAAUUUAUGGUCCUGAUUUUUUUUUUUUUAGAAACGGAGUUAUUAUUUUAGUUUUAUAUUUUUUUUACGUAUGAGAAAAACGCGACGAGCAUUAUUGAGCCAUUCAAUAAUUAUUAUUUCCAAGUUAUGAAUGACUUAGCAAAGUCAUGUUAUUUAUUAAUCGAAAAACAGAAGCAAUUAUAUUUAUUAGUGCUACUUGAAGUCGAGGAAUUAUUCCGACUGCAACGCAGAUUAAAUCUACGGAUUUAAUCUAGAUAUUAAAUGGCUUGUGAAAUGAAUUAAAUCUACGUAUUUAAUUUAUACACAAAUAAUGAACAGAAGCCAGUAUUUGAUUGCAAAAACGCGAUUAAAUAGCAGAUGCACUAAGUAACCAAGACACGAAGAUUUAUUAUUAUUAUUUACAAUUAGGACAUCACACUAUACACGCAUAAUUACCACCGCCGUUUUCCAUCAGCCAUUUCCGUUACUUGGAAGAGUAGUUUUUUUUUUAUUUUCACAAUUGCUAGAAUUUUAUCUUAUUGUGGAACGACUUUAGUCCUUGAUUGCACCAGAAGAUCAUACAUUCAACUCUCAAAUCAUCUCUAGAUUCAUCUUGACUCCACUAUCUAAUUAUAUAAUCACCACCAACAUUCCACCACGAAAGAGAGAGUUUUAAAAAAAAAAAAAAAACAAAAUGUUGCAAAGCAAGAUAAGAUAAGGAAAAGUGUGCACUACAAUCCUUUGCCCACCACCUUUUGCUUUCCUCCACUACAUUCUCCCCACCACCUUCGAUUCUUGAAAGCUACUAGCCAACACUUCUUCAAGCAAACAAUUCAGCAGCAACCUUCCUCCAUUCACCUCCAUUCAUUCCUUACUCACCUGUAUUUGUUAAAGUAUCAACCUUAUUUUAGUUCAUCUCAUACAAAUCAACAACAAACAGCUAACGAACACCAAGCAUAGCAGGUAUAUACUAAGCUCAGCUCCAGUUCAUACAUCAUAUCAUCAAGCAUAUGUUUAAAAGGAAAUACAUAGUAUACAGGUGUGUAUAUAUAUAUGCAUAGAUGGAUUAAGCAAAUCACAGUGCCUAGUUUCAAUCUCUAGCAUAACCGAUAUGUAUAGAGAGAUCAAGAGUAUUACUAACUUAGCAGAGUAUUACUAACUUAGAUUUAUAAGGGGAAAAAUGAGUAUUUUACUGUACCUGUUUCAAUGUACCGAGAAGGAGCCGACUUGACUAUUCCGUCGAACGAGAGGUGGACGGCGGUGACUCUCUCGCCUGAGCUAAGAGGACCGAGAACUCGGCCUUUCCCUCGUUCGUGUACACGAGUGAAAGAGGGGAGCAGCGGACACCGCCCUACCCUGAUUUACUACUCAUCGGAGAAUCGAUGAGGGCGUCGGACACUCUCCUGCUCGCCGGAAUUUCAUAGUAGAGCGGCGUCGAGCUGAGGCGAUUUCUGAAUUAGGAGUAAGGAUUUUCCUCCGCUCCAUAGAUUGAAAGGGGGAGAUGACUUGGGAGUAGAGAAACAGAGAGCAAGGUCGAGAGCAGCAACUCCAGUCGGCGGCGACUCCCGGCGAAGCAGCAGCAGUCGGCGCUGACCAUCGGACGAGCAGCAGCAACUCCAGACGGCGGCGAUGGCUCCAGACAACGGCGGCAGCAACCUGGUAGUUGACUCUAGGGCACGAUUUUGGGGGCUCUGCGCUGAGGAGAGAGAACGACGCUGAUUUGAAGUGUCGAAAAUCGAAGCCAACCGGAGCCGACUGCCGCUGCACUGCCGGGGUAGGAGGAGCCGACCUGUGCGGAGGAUGGAGCCGAGCGAGCAGGCUGGAGAGGAAGGGGCGAGCAACUCCUUGAGAGAGAGAGGAGAGUGAGACGGCAAGGUGUGCCACCCUCUGCCAGGCACGGCCGCGCCGGCAGCGGCGGCGGCGCCCGCCUCGGCUGGAGAGGGAUCGAGAGAGAGAGAGAACCGAAGCGUGCGUCUGUGUGUGUGUAUUUCUUUGAGAGAGAGAGAGUUAUGAAAUUGUGUGGGUGAGAAAAAAAAAAAAGAAGACCGAGAGUUGAGUAAAGAGAUAGAGGUUUGGGCUUUUGUUUUUUUUUUAAGUUGGGCUAUGUUUUGGGCCACUAAUUUCUUUUGGGCCGAAUUUUAAGCUUGGGCUUUGUUUAAAUUGUUUUGGGCCUUUAUUUUUAUAUUCAAUUGGGCCGAAUAAUUGAGAAGAAAUGGACCUUGCUUUAUUUGGGCUUCCUAUUUUAAUUAUUUGAACCCAACAACAUAAUUUUAUUGAGCCCAGAAUUAUUUAUCUCAGUUGGACUGCUAUUUUUUUUUAUUUGAGCCUAGAUCUAUUUAAUUAUUUGAGUCCAGUAAUAUUGUUCCAGUUGGGCCUAAUUUAUUUUAUUCUACAAUUGGGCCUUUCCUAAUUUAAUUCAGUUGGGCCUAACUUUUUAGUGGGCCUCUUUCACUUAAUUGAUUAUUGGGCUUAUGUUUUUUUUUU